CAUCUCUUCAGUCUGAGUGGCUGUAACCUCUCAGAGAGAAGCUGUGAAGCUCUGUCCUCAGUCCUCAGCUGCCAGUCCUCUAGUCUGAGACACCUGGACCUGAGUAACAACAACCUGCAGGAUUCAGGAUUGAAGCUGUUGUCUGCUGGACUGGAGAGUCCACACUGUACACUGGAGACUCUCAGGGUGGAGCCUGGUGGAGUCCGAUGGUUGAGACCAGGUCUGAGGAAGUAUUCCUGUGAACUCACAAUCGACACAAACACAGUGAACAGAAGGAUCAAACUGUCUGACAACAACAGGGAGGUGACACGUGUGGAGGAGGAUCAGUCAUAUCCUGAUCAUCCAGACAGAUUUGACCACUGGCCUCAGCUGCUGUGUUCAACUGGUCUGACUGGUCGCUGUUACUGGGAGGUCGAGUGGAGAGGAGGGGUUAAUAUAUCAGUGAGUUACAGAGGAAUCAAAAGGAAAGGAAACAGUGAUGACUGUUGGUUUGGAUUGAACGAUCAGUCCUGGAGUCUGAUCUGCUCUGAUGGUGGUUACUCUGUCUGUCACAAUGACAAAAGAACAUCUAUCUCCUCCUCCUCCUCCUCCUCCUCCUCUUCCUCCUCCUCCUCCUCCUCUAACAGAGUAGCAGUGUAUGUGGACUGUCCUGCUGGCUCUCUGUCCUUCUACAGAGUCUCCUCUAACAAACUGAUCCACCUCCACACCUUCAACACCACCUUCACUGAACCUCUGUAUCCUGGGUUUAGGUUCUGGUCUGGUUCCUCAGUGUCUCUGUGUUGAGUGAAGCAGAGAGAGUCUCCUCCUGUCAGAGAAACUCACUGUUGAACAGAUAGUUCAGUCUCUACAUGUCUGUCUCUUU